AUGUCUGGUAUGCCAUCCAAGUAUGUUUUCCAUCUAUUUCUGUGCUACCAACCUAGUUGUAUCCACCCCUCGUGCAAGUUAGGAGCACCACCUAAAGAGGAAACUUGGUAUGAAGGAGGACCUCCACUGAGUUUCACUCCACUUCCUGUUGCAGACCCGAACAGGUAAAGAAACAGAAAACAACGCACAAGCUCUUUCUUGUUUCUGUAGACUUGUCGGCCUUUUUUUACCUACAAUACUCGUCACAAAUCUUGAAACACUUGUAUCUAUUUCCCCUUCCCCAAUGUUGAUUUGGGUAUCACAGUGGUCUCAGUGCUUCAAAAUACGCGUGGCUCAACAUUGGGGAGGGAGAAGGCACAUUUCAGGGGGGAAAACAGUGUGAAGUAAAAAUCUCAUGAUUUUUCCGGAAAAUUCGAGAGAAACGGUGUCUGUUUCAACGAUUUGUGACGAGUAUUGUCUUUGCGUCUGAAGGGCUUGGACGGGUAACGUAAACGUAGGAAGAGUAAUUAUUGUUGCCUGCAGUGGUUACGUGAGGAGUGUUCUUGUUCUGACUGUUCUAGAUAUCAAGUAGGAGUUAUAUAAAGAAGCUAUGCAGACUUUUGAGUAUAGCGAUUUUAAGGUACUUUUAUGGUAAAAGAGUUUAGUGAAACGGCUCCGCCUAUUAGUACAUUGCGAUGGUGUUUAAAGGUAUAAUCGAUAGCAUGACUCGUGCACGUGCGUAUUAUCUUUGUCGGGUUAAAGGCCUAUCUGUGCGAACAGUUGCCAGCAUGUGCAAAAUUUCUGCGGCCACUGUUUAUAGAAUUGCACAUGAGAAAACUUAUAACACGCGCACUUCAGAGGAGACGUGUAAAAGAGGUCGCAAGAACAAGUUAAGUGACCGCGACAAAAGACGACUGAUACGAUGCAUUACAGUUUUGACGAAAAGAGAGGGGAACUUUACCUGAAAAGCACUGAUGGAGGAAGCCGGAAUUCAACAAAACGAAGUAUCUGUAAGAACAGUUUCUCGUUUUCUCAAUUCACAAAAUUACUACUAUCUGCAGACUCGCAGAAAGGGGCUCAUGACAGCGGAAGACCACAGCAAAAGAGUUAAGUUUGCAAAGUACAUGAAAGCCAACUACAGCCAGGAGAUUUGGACAGACGGAAUUGCCUUUUACCUCGAUGGAACAGGAUUUGUGUACAAAAGAAAUCCACUAGAUCAGGCUCGUCCACCAAAAGCUCAUGUCUGGAGAAAGAAAUCAGAGGGUUUGGCUCCGGGAUGCAUAGCAAAGGGCCGCAAAGAGGGAACUGGGGGCAAAGUAUUACGACUGAUAGUGGCAAUUUCUUACAAUAAAGGAGUUAUCUGCUGUGAACCUUACGAGAAAAUGAAUGGUCGUUAUUUCGCUGCGUUUAUAGAUAACCAUUUUGAUCGCCUAUUCGCAGCCGCUGAUAAAGGAUGUAGCCGAACGUUUUUACAAGAUGGGGAUCCCUCUCAAAAUUCGGCUUUAGCAAGGGAAGCGAUGCAACGCACAAACAGUACCUUAAUCAAACUGUGUCCAAGAUCUCCGGAUAUGGCGGUCAUUGUAAAUGUGUUGCCCAUGGUGAGUAGGAUGUUAAAAGGACAAGCAGUGCAGCAACAACUACGCCGAGACACAUUUGAACAGUUUAAGAAUCGUGUUAUCAAUACAUUUUACUCUAUAUCUGUCGAGACUGUGAACAAUUUAAUACGCUCUAUGCCGAAAGGAAUUGAUAUGGUGAUUAGAAAUAAGGGGAAGCGUAUAAAAUAUUAAAGAAAUACCCCUAAUUGCAUUCUGUGGAUAAUUGCGUGAGAUUUCUUCUCGCAAAAUGUAAAGUUUCAGAGACCAUAUCACUAUCGCACUAUUCGCCAAAAAUAAGGAGGGAGGGGUGGUGUUCCAUAUUUCAAAACAGAACGGGGUGAAGAUUGCUCCGAUGGCCGUCAAGAGGACGUUUAGCGAUUUUUACAAAGCAGAAUGUUUUUUUGCGGUCAUUUUAUGAAAUUGAUUUGCUAUUCAUUGUGACAUGAUUUCUGCUGGAGCUCUAGGGAAAGAAUAGUGAAGUACAUAGCCGCUUAGUCCUCAUCUAUAAUAACUACACAAAGGUGUCAAAUGAACACGGAACCUUUUUUCUUCUUUUGCUAUGAUCUAAACAGUUCUAUGUACAAAAAGAAGCUACCUUUGUAGAAAAUUACAUUAUUAAAAGAGAUCAUUUGUUUAAGGACCUGUCGACCUUCUUAGCGCUGAAACACAACGAUUCACCACUGUGUUCUAAAGUAAAGUAAUUAUAGUACCAUAGACUUUAAGAACUAUCGCUUCACCAUGGUGAAGCCCUACAAAUAGCCUUAUUGAAUAGCUUAAUCAAGAAAAUUAUCCCUCAGGUGUAUGUUCGGUGAUCUGUUCUAUCACUUGAAACACUUGUAGAUGCAGUAGCUUUUGGUUUGCUUCCCUAAAAAAGGCAAAUAAUUUUCCAAACACCAUGGUGAAUCGUGUAACACUUAAACCACAGCAAAGAUUACAAAAUUUCAACAAACUCGGUGAUAUUUACAUAAGAUCAGUAGUCGUCUUGUGGGAAAAUAAGUCGACUAAAACAUUUUCCACACGGGGGACUGACUUCUACUGUUCCUCGGGUAUUUGAUGGAAGAGAUUGAAGACUCGCCACCUUACCUUCAUCAUCUGAGUCUCUCUGUCAUCAACAACACCGCCUCGUACAUAACUAAGUUCAUCCUUACUGGUACAAAAUAUGGGUGUAUCUCCCUGGAACAGAAUAUCUUGUCGGUAGUGUGUUUUGGGGGCGGGUAGAUGAACACUUUGGCCUUCAAGAAGCAUUAAGAAGUCAUGCCAGGGAAUAAUUUGGGCAGACCACCUAAAAUCGUUGAGAAAAACUACUUCUGACUGUUCUGUGCCAACCCAAGCAAACGUUGUAGAGGCUGGAUUACUGAAUGUUUUGUAGAUGGUGUUCAAAGGGUUUAGCAAAAAUGUUUUCGCACAGUUACAGGGACCUUUCAAGUACACACUGCGAUACUUUCCGCGCCCUUUGUCGAGAAGUAUGGGAACGGCUUCUGCAAAGUCAUCCCUCACAAUAGAGUUCCGCUCUAACACUUCUUUUGCCAUUUGCAACCACUGGCCGUCACAUCCUGGCUCACACUCUCCUUCCAAUUUACUGUACAAAACCUCAAUUCUAGUCAUUUUACUCCUUUGCAGCGUGCUCUCCGCGUUUUCUAAUUCCCAGCCCACAGCUAUCGCUUCAUCCACUACCCGACUUCCACGAUUCGCGAUGAACUGCGCCAAGUCAAGUUUCCCCUCACUUUUUUGCUUUUGUGCUAACACCAGCAGCUCUAACCGAGUUUUAUAUAUGCCAUUUUUUGCCGCUAUCUGCGAUACAUCAUAAACCGAUAAACUUUGGGAGGACUUGUUACGCUUCCUUCGUCCAUUGGCAAGUCGAGUGUGCGUUUCCGUAGCCCUUGAAGUAUUGGGUGCAGGGGUAUUAGUCAAAUAGGGAUGGUUUUCAGACUGUAACUCUCGUCUUCCUUUGUGGUGUACUGCCACGCUGAAUAAUAAUUGUUAUGGCGAGCGCUGAAAUUCACUUUCACUCUGUGUCGCUCAUCAAGAUAAUUGCGUAUUUUCAGCCAGCGUCGCCGUUCAUUUAAUUUCACUGCUAUGUGAUAAUGAAUGCCCCCAUCCCUAUGACGUUCUUGGCUGCACACCCACUGUACUAUCUCACAACGCGUUAAUGGGUCUGCAUUGUCGAAACUAUCCAACACCAGCUGAACAAAACUUUCUCGAUUAGGAACUAUCUCUUCGUUCGCUCGGUUGUAUGUGAUUAGAUAAAUACUCCGAACUUGACGUGACCCCAGCGCCUCCGAUUGCUCAGUAGCAUCAUCACCUGCUACACCGCUUUCUGUCAGGGUGCUUAAGUCUAACACUUCACUACUUGUCGCGUCACAGUUUGCCAUUUCACUACACGAUUCCGCGUUUCUUCAACAGGAAAGACAUUUAGCAACAGACAUGCCCUUAUUUCUCGCGCUGAGAAAAUCUAAUUAGCUUGGGUAAAUAUUAUUUUCCCUUUUGAAAAGUUGGAAUAUAUGUCUUUAGAAAGUGAAAUAUAAUCAGCGACCUCACAUUUUCCCGCAUGUCUUAACCCAUUCGCCCCUGAACCGCCCGUAACCGCCCGUGUACGACAACCCCCGAAUUCCCUGAACCGCCCGUAAAAAUGGCCGCUGGAUUCAGUCCAUUCCCCUCUCCUCCCGGGUGUUUUUUUGUCUUUUGUUUUCACAGAGUGAUUGAUGGAUAAUAAACCAAUCAUUUGCCAUCUUUUGCGCAUUUUUUGACAGAUGAUGAGAAGCACCACAGGGUCGGGUUUUUCGAAGAGCACGAGUAAAAGAAAUUCGCGAGAGUAAUGGCCGCCCGUGUCGAUUUCGAAUCAAAGUUCGCAUCACGUUUGAGGGAAUAUAGAGAUAAUUCGACUCUUGAUCACUUCAGGUUGUUGAACAGACCUUGUGAAAAACCUUCUGAUUGAGAUUUAAACGAUCUUAAGACUGAAAAAGACAAUCCUAGCCCUCAAAUUGCCGAGCGCUUCGUAGGUAAACAAACCGCAUGGACUAUCGAUGAAAACUUACCUCGUUCAUUUCAUUUACUUGCAUCCAAGUACCGUGUUCCUCGCAGCAAAUGUUUUAAAUGUAACUGUUUCUUGAACUGCUGAAGGUGAUGCUUUUGUAGAGUUAAAAGUUUGAACAAGGAAACGGAUUAUGUGCGACGAUCGAUUUGGAUUGACAAUCCCCAUGAAUAAAAUUUACUUCACAUCGCGCGGAAGCUCACGGAGAAUAAACGGUAACCGUCUUUUUAUUCAAUUAUUUACAGUUGCCAAAUGAUGCUUUUUGUGUGCUUAUUUUCUUUUUUUAUAACUAUUAACACCUAUCGAUCUGUGCAUUGGUAGAUAAAGCAUUAAUAAAGCAAGUUUGGCAUUUAACUUAUUUGUGCUUUACUUUGUUGAUCGGACAUGAUCGGGGAGGCACUUCAGUUCAGGAUAUCAAAUACGCUUCCCUGAAAGAUUGCGGCUUUGUCACCUUCUCUGGUGAAAGCGAUCAUUUAUUUUAUUGUUGACAUUCAAGAAUCGAAAAAUAUAUGAAAGAGUGGGAAGCUGAAGUCCAGCAUUCCCUUGUUUUAUUAAACUUUCCCAUGCUUGAUGAUGUGGAACUCUUCAGAUCGCUCUUCGUGAAGUGAUCAUCACCGAAGUUUCACUACAUUUUUCUACGGUGCUUCUCGACUGGACUGAUCUGAAAGAGAACUUAAUGAAACAACUUUCAGUAAAAUGACUUUACAGUGUUGUUGAUGUUUUAUCGACUGUGUUUAUUCCUUUAACAGCGUUUUUGUUCCCCGUUUCACCGUUGAUUUAUCAGUGCAAUUAUCGCGCGGCGAAGAAAUUUUGUUGAAAUUCAUUGUUUUCGCCUCUUUCCACAGCUUUUUCUUUCUCAAAUUGCUAUUUUUUUUACAUACCCUGGCUGCCCAUUAACUCAUCUAAAAGAAAAAGUUUGUUUGAAAGCCAGAGUUUAUCUCUGGUUUUACUGCGCAUAUGGUUUAUUUUAGGCGCUCGCGUACGCUUAUUUUCAACCGAAAAUUGCCAGGGAAUUGGGGGGUUGUCGCACGUAAAAGUCCCAGGAGUGAAUGGGUUAAUUACUACCUGUAUGUGUAACACAUUGCUUUUAAUUCCCUUAUUUCCAUCUUUUGCUAUUUUUUUUAAAUAUAACUGAAAAAUAUUCCGACAUCCUACAUUUCUCUUUCUCUUCUGUGUGCGAACCAAGCAGGUAGAUUCCAUCGAUCAUCCAAAAAUUCGCCUUGAACAGAAACUGUUACUCUUUCCUCUCUUCAGACUAAAUACAAUACUCGUCAAAAAUCUUGAAACACUUGUGUCUAUUUCCCCUUCCCCAAUGUUGAUUUGGGUAUCACAGUGGUCUCAGUGCUUCAAAAUACGCGUGGCUCAACAUUGGGGAGGGAGAAGGCACAUUUCAGGGGGGAAAACAGUGUGAAGUAUAAAUCUCAUGAUUUUUCCGGAAAAUUCGAGAGAAACGGUGUCUGUUUCAACGAUUUGUGACGAGUAUUGUAGGUCCUAUGGCAAUCCAGCGUGUGCUGACCGUAAAGGCAAGACAUGUGCAGGACACUAA